UCGUCCUCUCUCCCCCCCUCUCCUUCUUCGUCUUCAUUCUCUUCCUGAUCUGCCUCGUCCCUUGGUGCCGAGAGUUUUCGGGAGCAGGAUGAGCCAUCGUCAGCCGGAGCAUAAGCCCCUCGAGCAUUUCCAGACGCCGCUUGCAGAUCACUUGUUGCGGCACCAAUUCACUGAGGAAAGACAGUUGCGAUACGACAUUCAGCAAGUGAACGUGCCACCGCCCGGGGUUGCCGAUCUGGCAGCAUACUCGCUACUUUGCGAUCGGCUGACGUAUGAAGGGGUGUACAUGGACGUGACGCAGUUGCCUGGGCGGGAGAUGACUCGAGUGUUCAUCGAGUUCCGCGCGCUCCAGGUGGCACCCAACUUCGUGCAUAGCGUCGCCACCUUUCUCGGCGACUUGACGAUMCUGCCACCGCCGAGUCGGGAGCUGGCGCGGAGUUUUGUGCGCGAGUACGCGGUGCAGGCGGCCAGAUCAGUGGCCAGAGUGCAAGGACGGGGGGGACACCGGUUCACAGCCCACAAAACGCUGCUGUGCAGGGCAGAGGACGGACCAAUCGCGUUGCUAACUGACGUGGAACCGCUGCCCUUCGCAGACGAAGACGCGUGGGAGUUGCACCGUGUGCUGUACCAGUCGGUGGCGUUGGGGAUGUUCCGAUUCUUCGUGGAUCACGAAGACCAUUGUAUCGGGGAGCACUUCGUCGUCUACUACGUCAUCACGCGGCCCAAGCCAGUGCAGAAGGAGGGGACGGUGGCGCUGUACCCAUUCGCCCAGCUCCAGACGAUCGAUCCGCGAUUGUUGGAGCUCAUAUAUCUUGAGCUCCUAUCCAUUGCGCAAGUGAUCGCGAGCGAGGAAGAGGAGAUCCAACCACGAUUGCGGACGGCGGCUGCCCCGCGGAGAACGUACAACGCGGUCGUCAUCCCAGAUUACAUUGCGCAGUGCGCGGAGAGGUUGGAGGACUUCCCGGAGGAAAAGCCGUUGCGGCCUCCCUCGUCGUAUCCCAGACCGGCGCCGCCAAAGGCCCCCAAGAAGACGCCGAAGAGGAAGAGACGCCACCCAUCGCCAGGAGCGCAAGGCAGCAGAAUCGGUGGAGGCGAGGAGGUGGUUCAUCCCGUGCGCACGCGGAAUCUUGACCCGGUGCCCGGGAGUGCGGCAACGCGAGUUAACGAGACCGUCGUUCCAUCACCGCCCUUCCCGUGCGUGCCCGAUCUCAAUCUCGAUGGAGCCGGGCCGUCAUCCGCAGCAGCUGGAGGAGGGAGCUGAAUGGGAUUAUCGGAUCCCGUAUCCAGAUC